UUCAUGUAGACUACCGGGAGUUUGAUUUUUAACCUGUUGGUGGUGCUAGAGAGAAUCAUCUUCUAAGAAAAACAUUUCCACCUUCUUUUAAUUUUACCCAAAAUGCUCGACUACCUUCCAGUGACCAUGGGACGCGCUUGUAGGACUGCGUUAACGCACUAAUAAGUUGGAAAAAGGGAACUUUUAAAGGAUAUACUUUGGGAACAUGGCUCUGAAAGAGGAGGGAGAUAUUUUCCAUUGUAAAGUCAAGCACCAGGACGGCGCUGGUAACGCGAACAGGAACGGCUACGUGAAGAGCUGUGUCACUCCUUUAAAACAAGACCACCGAAAAGGAAUUUUAUGUAAAGUGUACAGAUGUUGUAAGAUUGAUGUGCUUGGCUCAAAAGAACUGGGAGCUUCCGUGCUUUAUGCGGGCGCCUUUGCAGUUUUUGCGGCGUCCCUGCUUACAUGUACGUACUUGCGGAGUAGGUACGGCUUCUCAGAUCCACUGACUUUUCUUGCAGGCUUCGGACAGCGUAUCGCUCCACUUUUCGCAAUAAGCCUCGCUUUCUUCUUCCUCACCUUAUACUCAAAGAGGAAGAGAAGAGACGGCUUCUGGCUCUGGGUGCUGUUGCCGGCCGUGUGCUUCUUCGGCGACUUCUUGCUCCUGCACUUCUGGCAGGCAGCAGGGGAUGAUGAGCACCAUAUGCGUGUGAUGGGCAGACUUCUCUCCGUGCUGGCUUGCGUGGGCUCACUCACACUGAUCCCAACGCUGAAACUCAAAAACAGCGUCCUGCUUUUGCUCUUCGCUACUUUGGUGUGGUUGCUGUGCCUGUCCUCGCACCUGAGACCCUCGCUGGCUUGCCUAGCCGGGGUCUCCGGUGCUCUGCUGGCUCUCUGCUUCGACCGCCUUUUCCCGCACCAAGAUGCGCCGCCGCAGCGGACCCCUGCUGUGGAGGACAAGGUGCCGGUGAUCCGACCGAGACGGUCCAGCUGCUUUUCUCUGGGGGAAACAUCGGCCAGCUACUAUGGCAGCUGUAAAUCGUCCCGGAGACCUUCGCUGCCUUGUAUUUCCAAAGAGCAGAUGAUCCUGUGGGACUGGGAUCUGAAACAGUGGUACAAGCCGCAGUAUCAGGGUGUGCUGAAUGGCGGCAGUGGCGUGGACCUCUCUCUCAUCCAGGACGCACGCGGCACCGUGUCGGACCUGCUGGGGGACCCCUCGCUCUCUCCGCACGUCGCUGCCUCCUUGCGCUCCAUUGGCAACCUCAUGGCUGCCUUCUCGGGCUCCUGCCGUCCCCGCAGCACGCCCUUCACCCCCUUCCCCGGCUUCUACCCCUGCGCUGAGGUUGAGGACCCUUUCGACAAGUGGGAGAGGAAGCCUUACAAGGGCCUAAGCAGCCGGUGCAGCCUGCCCACCCCUCAGCUGCCUCGCCGUGGUUCCAGCUCGACACCUCUGCCCUCCAUGGAUUUGUCGUCCUCCCGCUGGGACCGCAGUGCUAAGAGGGUCCACGCCGAGCUAACUGCCACCAGCCAGGGGUCUCUGCUCAGUUCGGCCGGUGCCAGCCUGCUGACCAUCCCCAAGCCGAGGUCCUCCUCCAUCACACUGACCUGCCACCAGGCCUCCAGGAGGGCGGGUAAAUGUCCCUCCCCAAGCCUGAGCCCAGUCAGUUCGCCUUGCCACAGCCCUCCACCAUUCCCACGUUCCCCUGUCGAGUUUCCCGAUACAGCUGACUUCCUCACCAAGCCCAGCAUCAGCCUGCAUAAGCUCCUGGGCUCCGGCCACGGCCCCGGCGAGCAGCAGCUGCCCCGAAGACUCAGCCUUCCCUUCUGCACUAGCUGCGGACGGCAAGUGUCAAAGGGCCCACCCAGUGCCGAUGGGGUCGAAGGUCGCGGGCCAGCAGCCUUCCAGCUGCAGCGUCCAUGCUUAGGCGAGGGAACCAAGGCAAACAGCUGCAUUCUUCCUAGUGAUGCGGAGCCUGGGUCCCACCCAGAGGGCGGGACGGAGCCCGGCCUGGGCAGCGCUGGGCCGGCGGAUGUGCAGCAGCAGGAUCUGGAGGCGCAGACGGAGCAAGAGUCCGUCCUGGACCCCAUACUGGAGGAACAUGAAGCUCUCAUGGAGAAGAUGGACACUUGGAACUUCCAGAUCUUUGACCUAGUAGAGAAGACUGGGGGGAAGAAUGGGAGGGUACUGAGCUGUGUGACAUACACCUUGUUUCAAGACACGAGCCUGUUUGAAAUCUUUAAGAUACCAGUGCGGGAGUUCAUGGCGUACUUCUCAGCGCUAGAGAGCGGUUAUCGGGAUAUCCCUUAUCACAACCGGAUCCACGCCACCGACGUCCUGCAUGCGGUUUGGUACCUCACCACACGCCCAAUCCCUGGCUUCCAGCAGAUUGGCAAUGAACAUGUGACGGGAAGUGACACAGAUUCGGACAGUGGCAUCUCUACCAGCAGAGUGGCCUACACCUCCUCGAGGACCUCCUCAGUCUCAGAUGAAAGCUAUGGCUGUUUGUCGUGGAACAUUCCAGCUCUAGAGCUCAUGGCACUGUAUGUUGCGGCUGCCAUGCAUGACUAUGAUCACCCCGGGCGCACCAACGCCUUUCUCGUAGCCACCAAUGCACCUCAGGCAGUGUUAUACAAUGACCGCUCUGUCCUGGAAAAUCACCACGCAGCUGCAGCCUGGAGCCUCUACCUGUCCCAACCUGAGUUCAACUUCCUAGUCAACCUCGACCAUGUGGAGUUCAAGCGCUUCCGCUUCCUGGUCAUCGAGGCCAUCCUGGCCACCGACCUGAAGAAGCACUUUGACUUCCUGGCCGAGUUCAAUUCGAAGGUUAAUGAUGUAAAUAGCCCAGGUAUCGACUGGACUAAUGAAAACGACAGGCUCUUGGUCUGCCAAGUAUGCAUUAAGCUGGCCGACAUCAAUGGGCCAGCCAAGAGUCACCAGCUGCAUUUGAAAUGGACUGAAGGAAUCGUCAAUGAGUUUUACGAGCAGGGAGACGAGGAAGCUAGCCUGGGCCUUCCCAUAAGCCCUUUCAUGGACCGGUCGGCACCCCAGUUAGCCAAGCUGCAGGAGUCCUUCAUCACCCACAUUGUGGGGCCGCUCUGCAACUCAUACGAUGCCGCUGGCCUCCUGCCCGGGUACUGGAUUGAUGACGAGUGUCUCGAUGAAGAAGAGGGAAGGGAGGAUCAGGAGCCAGAGGACACUGAAUUGGAGGAAGACGAGCUGGAUGAGGAGCUUGCAACAAAGGGUGGACGCCACUUCUGUGACAUCAUGCAUCACCUGACGGAGAACCACAAGGUGUGGAAGAAGGCUGUCGAGGAAGAAGAGAAGAGCAAGGAACUGCAACAGGCCGAGAUCUUGUCCGCCGCCCCUGCCUCAGACGACAUCCAGGUCAUCCAGGAGGAGGCUGAGGAGGAGGAGCGCCAGUAGGGAGUGGAGGAAGAGUAACAUUUGAUGGGUGUCCGCACACCCAUCAAAUGGGUGUGGGGACACUCAGACCCCAUGAAUCCUCCAGCACUCACACACAGGGAUGACUUACCUCCAUGCAUGCAUGCUGAAGAUUGUACAGUUGCAGUACAAAGAACAACAUGGGAGGAGCUUAAUUGCUGUAAGCAUACUUCCACUGCUGGGGUGGCAGCACACACGUGAGCAUUUCCACCCCCCCUACAGGGGGCGGUAAAGAGAAGGGAACUCAUUCAAGGAUCCAGACAUUUAGGGGUGAGGAGAUGUUCCUCAUAACCUAAAGGUCCCAUGUGGCCCUGAUUUCAGUUACCAAAGUUAACUGGUAAUUCUAAGACUCAUCUGAACUCGCCAUCAGGGAUAAAAUGGCAGCAGGAUGGACUUCGUAUGUUUUUUUUUUUUUUUUUGGAUAUGUGCCUGCCAGAACCUUGUGCUGAGCCCAGUCAGGGCUGACUGUGAACUUUCUUGUGCACUGUUAGUACAAUAGAUACCCUCAGGCUGACUGUAUGAAACACUGUGUCCUACUAGCUGAUUGAACACAUUGAAAUGCUGUCAUUUAAACUGAAAGCAGGAGGAAAAAAAACUGAAUUCUAACAAUUUAUUAUAUUUUUAUGUAUGACCUACCUUUGACCUAAUAUUUUUUUCCCCCACGUUUUUGAUUUCUAAAAUGCCAGUCAUGGUGUUUGUUGUACAGCAGAGAAAACAGGAAGGCGGUCUUUUUAUGUGAUACAGUUUGUAUCAGUGUUUUUAUAAUCACUUUUUGACAAAAGGCCACCACACAAAAAAGCUGCUUACCAAAACCGGCAGUGCUUGCUGUUUCAUCGAACCUGGACAGUGUAGUAUUCCUGUACAGAACAGGUUUCUAUCUUGCACUUGAUUCUUGAUUCUGAGGUUGAAAAUGUUUGUUACCUUGACCAAUGUACAUAUUGGUCUAUAUAUCUUGGUCUUUAUUGUUAUUAUUCCUCAUAAGAAUCCCUCAGUACAUGCAGGAGGAGGGCUGUUUGAAGAGCCGAGGGCCGUGUGUGUAAAGGGUGACGUGUAAAAAGACUUUUCCAAGUGGGAAAUUCCUGCCAGCUCCCUAUAGAUCAAAUGCAUAACACAAACCCUUUUUACUGCCUGAAUGUUUUAAUGUUUUGCAAGUUUUUACCCGAAUGGAUAUAUACAUAUAUAUUUUUAAAUUAUUUUUUCAGAAUGCAUACUUUUGCAUACAGUUGAGAAAGUUUGAACUUUUUGGAGUUAUCUGUUUUUGCAUUAAUGUUUUCUAAAAUGUGAUCUGAUGUAACUCUUAAGUCAUAAUAAUAAAUAAGUACCUCAUUUAACAAAUGUUACACUUUUUCAUUGCCAAAUCAGAUCUGAAGUCAGUGUGAGUCAUAGAGAAAUCAGAUAAUUCCAAAAGUGUUUAAAAUCUGUUACCCACAACUGUAUGUUUGGGAUAUUAUAUAAAUAGAGGAAUUGUAAUUGUUACCCUGUUUCUGAAGUUUUUUUGUGCAUCAAUGUCCAACUAAUAUUGUGAAAACUCAAUGUCAUAUGUAACGAAAAGCAAGUCCUAUCUUUACUCCCAUAGGUUAAUGAAGCAGUUCCACUCAUUUCCUGUUCACCAUCUCUCUGUGACCAAGUGUUUUGCAUGUGCUGGAUGUCACGCAAGCAGAUUAAACAGUGCUGUUACAUUAUGCAUUUCUUUAAGAAGUAGGAUUGCUCAUAAAGGGACUGUACAGUUUUGUUGUCUGCGUCUGCAUGUGUGUGCGCGUGUGUGUGUAUGUGUGCGUGUAUGUCCAUAGUCCCCUUAUGAGUCAUCCUGAUUUUCCCAGUGGUGCCAGUUAGCUCGCUCUUCCCUUCCCUCAAUGGACCUUUGACAUGUCAGCUCGAUCUCCUGCUCAUUAUGUCAUAAAAAGCCAUUUAUUUAUUGACUUUUCACUGUGCUGUCCGAACAGCUACAGUUGUGAGUGGCUGUCACCUUUAUGUAGCAUCUGCACACAUAAACCGGCGGAUUUAUUGAAGAUGUCAAGGGGCAGAAUGUUUUUACUGCUAUUUAUAAUGCCAUAAAAUGCCAUUGUAAAACCUUUGAUCUCUCAGGUAUAUUUGCUUUUGAAGAA